AUGGCCGCCAACAGUACGGAGACAGUGGGCUGGUAUGAUGCUCCUAAUGUUCGAGGCUCGAUUGACAUCCUAUGGGGCUGCGUCUUGGUCCUCUCCACCGCCCUGUGGACGGUUCUGCACCUGAACAUCCCUGGCCCGAAUGACAGCUUGCUGGUGGUCAUCAUGCGCAAGGUCCGCUGGGGCAUUUUUGCCAUCUUGGCCCCAGACUUGCUGGUGUACUUUUCAGCCAUGCAGUGGGAGGCUGCCACACAAGCCGUCGACCAGAUGCAUCGGCUCGGGUACAAGCACUGGACACUGAAGCACGCCUUCUAUGCCAACAGUGGAGGCUUCGUACUGCGCUCGAUCGAUUAUCGCCCCUUUCCGAUCACUUCGCCUGCCCUUCAGUAUCUCGUCGAAGCAGGCUAUAUCGAAUGUCCGACCAUCACCGAGGAGGAGAUUUGGGACAAGAGCAAGGCGGAUACCUUCGCGAAAUGUGUGGCCUUGGUGCAAACCGCGUGGUUGGCGGUGCAAUCGAUCGCACGGGCGAUUCAGGGGCUAGCCGUCUGCCCGCUCGAGCUCUUCUCCCUCGGGUUUGUGCUGUCAACCAUGAUGAGUUACUAUUUCUGGAUGCACAAGCCACAGAAUGUGAAUGUGCCCACGUACAUCGAUCUGAAGUACGGCAGUGUCAAGGCCAUCUUGAACCAAGACGGCAACACCCCUGUGGACGAUUUCCAGGAUACCCCCUUUGAUUUUGCGGAAAAGCCGAUGCAGCGGUGGCACCGUCGACCCACGCUGGAGAAAUUCGGACUGGAGGAGGGUCCGCUGCAGCGGAUGCCGGACGACAAGAUCACGGUGAUCAAUCUGAGCCGCCAAACGUGGAUCCUGGUGACCGUGCAAGCGAUGGUCCACCCUGCAAUCCACCUCCUGGGAUGGAACCACCUCUUCCCGACGCCGACAGAGCGGCUGUUGUGGCGCAUCGGUGCCUUGGUCUUGGCCUCGGGGCUUCCGCUCGCUACCACGGUGCGGAUCACCCUGAUGGCGCUGGGGUUCAAGGGUCACCGAUCGCUGGCCUAUAUCUGGAUUCAGCCCACGGAACGACCGGCGGGAUGGCGACCCUGGGUGCUGGAUAUUAUCUCCACCUUGAUCAGUGGAUGCUUGGUCCCGGCGCGACUGUAUAUCAUCAUCGAGGCGUUCAUCUGUCUACGACGACUACCUGUCAGCUCAUUUCAAACAGUGGAGUGGACUGCCUUUAUACCUCACGUAUAG